AUGACAAGAAGCCUUGUGUUGGAUAAAGCUGAUAAGACCAAGUGGAUAGAAAAGGAAAUUGAUCACAAAGAUGAAAUCAAGGAAAAGCAUGAGAAUGCUCUUGCAACAAAAGCAGCUGAGGAUCUACAAAAAAUAGAAGACUUAUCAAGUCCUAAAUCCACAGGGUUUAAAAUGUUGGUAACAAAUAACGAUCAACAGAGGAAAAAAUCCAGUGAUGAUACAACUGCUGAUGAAGAAACCAAACAAAGUACAAUAAAUACCAAUACUGAAAUAUAUCAAGCCACUGCAUCAGCAUCACAAUUGCCAAUAGAAGUUACUACACAGCCACAAAGGAUAGAUGAAAAUGUGAUUGAAAAGAUAGUGCAAGUAAUGAAAGGCAAAUCUAUAAAGGAUAACUCAUUACGGAUAUGGGACUUUGGAGGUCAACUUAUCUACCAUAGUAUUCACAGGGCAACUGUUACAUAUGAAUCAUUUGAUUAUGAUAAUGACAACAAUGAUCAUAACCAAACGAUGUUGUACAUGACACCUGAAAGUAUCUUUGUGAUUGUGUUUAACUUGCUUUAUGAACUUGACGAAUUGGCAAAAGUUUUAGAUUCAUCUGGAAAUGAACAUGUAUACUACAUGACAAAUCUAGAGUAUUUAUUGUACUGGAUCCGAUCAGCUUACACAUACACAAAAGACAAAGUUUUUUAUACUGAUCCUCUGAUAAACUUCCCAGUAUUCAUCAUUGUUGGUACCCAUUGCAAAUCACUGAGUAAAAUUGAGGUUGAGGAGAAAUUGGACAAAAUUCGCAAAGCAAUCGAAAAGCAAGUGUUCAAGACCCAUGUCUAUAAGGAAUAUUUUGCUGUCGAGAACAACCUCUUCUUCUUUUCAGAUAUGAAUGUUCUUCAACUUAAGAAAGUUAUUCUUGAAACGAAGGAGAAGAUGAAGAGACCUAUCCCACUCAAGUGGUUAGAUUUGUUGAUUGCGAUUCAGAAAUUAAGUGAAGAAAAUGUUACUCUCCCUUUGGUGCAGGUUAAAUCAAUGGCAAAGAGAUGUGGAAUUUUAGAUGAUAAAACGAUUGAUGUUGCAAUCACAUACUUAAGUGAUGAAGCUAAGUUAAUAGAUGAUUGGAAGAAACUGGAAAAAGGUGUUCUAACGAAGCACCUUCUUAAACAUCUUUGGAAGGAGUUUCCAAUAUUUAAGAACGACACAGAUGAGAAAAUGUUUAAUUUUUUUGUCAACUUGAUGAACAAAUUUGGCCUCCUAUGUCAAAAAAAGAAACAAAAUACUGAUUCAGAUGGUAUUGCUUACUAUGCAAUUUCACAUUUACCACCAAAACAGUGUUCAGAGGAUCCAAAUGAUGACCAAGGGAGUAACAAAAUAUCCAUCUUCCAUGACUUCCAUGGUUUUCUCCCAGACUAUUUAUUCCAUCUGGCCGUCACUAAAUUCAUAGAAGAAUUUCAGGUGGAAAAUGGACCUGAUCCUACACUGGCAUAUGAACAUGCAGAGCUUAAUAUUGAUGAUCAUCAUUAUGUGAGGAUAGCAGUUACAACUAUCAACCACCAACGGAUGUUUAAGACAACAAUUGUGAGGAGACAAGAACCCAAUGCCUGUUAUGUUGUGGAACCAGUACCUGAAACAUGUAAACAGGUAUUGUCUUUUCUUCAAUUAGUCCUUGAGGGUCUGUGUUGUGCAAGAGGGAUUCAAUACAAGAUGUGUAUACCUUGCAGUUGUCCUGACAAAUGUCAGCGCAUGCACAACGUUACAAAUUUCAACAAACAUAUAGUGUUUUGUGGUGAUUUUGUAAUCAGCAUUAAACGUUACUGCAGACUGUUUGGAGCUGAGGUGGGUAAUGGUGCUUCUUCAUCUGAGCAGAUUACAAUUCAAGGAAUGACAGAUAUGCAAUUCAACGCACUUAAAAUGGAUGUCUCAAUGUGGUAUGACGACCACAAAUGUCUUACUAUGUUGAAAGUGUUGUUCAGAGAUCAUGUGGGCAAUGAGAGACUAUCAAAAAUUACUAAUACUCUGGACUUGCUGAAUGAUUUAGUUGCACGUGGUCAUUUGCAUUUAGGCAAUCUUGCUAUUCUGCAUGAUACCAUCAGCAUAACUGAACAUUUUGGUCUUCAACAAAAGAUUAAAGUAAAACUUCCAUCAUUCCCAGAUGUUACGGAAGGACUCAUUUCAAAACAGUUCAGUUAUUACCGACAAAGACUAAUGAAGUGUGGAAUGACCCUCAGCCCAGACAAUGUGACACAAAUUGAUGGAUUGCUUAAUACGCCCCGUAAGGAUUAUAUCGAUGGCUGGAGUAUGAUCAUUGAUCUAGAAGACGCACAGAUAAUCAGCGAAAAAAAUAUGGACGUAUUCAUUGAUUCAUUGAAAAUGCUUAAAAUCUAUUCUGCAUUGAAUGCACUACUAGAUGUGCUAUAAGCUAUUGAAACCAGUGAGUUUUAAGGAAUUGUUGUAUAUCUUUGACAUCAAAUAGGAUUACAUGAAACAUCCUAGAUGCUUGUAUGUUGACAACCUGGCAGCAAAAACAACAAGUUAGGACCAAUCAAGUUGCCGUAAUGUGAGAACUGCUGGAAAACCAUGGAUUUAAAGAAACCAGAGGUAGAAAGUUCUCCUUCAUCCUAAGAACCAUCAUGGACAUCAUAAUCUUAAGUUGCAUUUUAAAACUUAAUUUCAUUCUUUUUGUUAUGAUCUUAUAUUGCUUGUAUUUCCCAUUUUGUUAAAAUUAAAAAUUCUUUAUGUAUGCAUUUUAUAUAUAGGUCCUUAUAACUAUAAAUUAGUGUAAAAAAAGAAAAAGAAUUCUAUAUGUCCCAGUAAAUAUGUACCAUUAGUAAGCAAUUAGCUUAGCUUACAGUGCAUAAUACGACAGGAUUUAUCAAGUAAUAAAGAGACAACAAGUAAUGAAGAGACAAAAGGUUUAAGAUAUACUCAUGGUGCUUUGAUACUGUACAAAGUUGCAUCAAAAACAUUUCAACCAGACCGGGGAGAAAGAGAGCAUGGAAUGUGUUCAGUGGACGUGAUAAUUAUGCAAUAUUUAAAUUUUCCUGGAAGGCUGGAGAUUACGGAUUGUUACCUCAACGAAUGAAUGCAAAAUUAUUUAUGAAGUUUUAGCGAAACCAUAAAUAUUUAUAUUUUUUUUAAUACAGUUGUAUAUUUGUAUUUGUACAUAUACACAUGUAGGCUUAUGCUUUGUAAAUACAAUAUAUGUAACAUUUAUAAUAUAAAUCAAUAAAAAUGACAUUUAUUCAGUAUAUAACACUCUCUGUUAUCUACACUGUGUUUGAUGUUGUUAUUGAUUUAAUUGAUAUAUGUACAACACGAAUGACCGUGUAUUUUGACUUGCGACAGACAUUGGAUUUUAUUAGCAUAUAUAUAUUGCACUUUCUAUAUUUUUAAAAUUUUUGCAUCUAAAAAUAUUUUUUAUUAAAAUGUUUAACGAUUAAGAAAAUAAAAUUAGGUCACUUAGUUUUGUAUUGAUGAUUUUACUUUCCAUUAAUGGAAAUAAGCUGCUUGAAAUAUGCAACAUAAUACAGUACAGAGUUGCCAGUACUGCAAGUUGCCUAGUUUUAUUAAUGGAAAAUUGACGAAAGCUGUUUUACUUCAUUAUAUUGGAACAAAUAUGCAGUUUGCCUACUUACUGGUACUGUGUGUAUAGAACUGUAUAAAGCAAAUAUUGGACUGCUAAUAUAUAUUUUUAUAGGUUUGUGUGGUUGUACUUCAUACAUUAGCCAUAAUAUGUAUUUCAAAGUUUCAUUGAAAUGAUAAAAUGAAUUCCUAUGUCUUUUGGUGUUCCCUGUGCAACUAGAGGGUGUGGAACAUUAUGGUGUUCUGUGGGACAUUGCAGCAAAGGCAAAUAAUUGGAUCAAUUACGUGACACUUUUUUAUACCUUGUUUCGUGACCUUAUUUUUUAUAGAUCAUCAGUGGAAGCCUUAAAAGAAAAUAAAACUGAAAACUUGUAUUUUUUACUGAAAUUUCCAUUUUUACAUGGUAGCGGGUGCACUAAUUGGCCAAAAAUAAAAUUUAAUUUUUAUUUAAAUCUUAAUUAUUGGCAGGCUGUGGCUUCGCAAAACUAGAAUAAGUCUCACCUUUAUGGUUUGACCACAUUAAGUGAAUUAAUCUUUGUGUAUUCAUAAAGUACUGUCCUCAUAAGAAAUUACUCUAAGGCCUAUUGUAAAGGUCCAUCCCCUUUAUAAGUUUAUCCUUAAACUAUGAAAUUUUCUGAGUAUUUGUAAUAUUAUUUCCUUCAAAAAUGUAUAUACUGUAACUAAGCAUAUUUUUAAUGGCAGACUAGCUG